AAAAUCGGAAGAAAAGAAGAAAAAAUAAUACGAGUGCGGCCACGUUUAGCAUGCGUACGGCGCAGCGUCCAGAUUGGGAACCGGAAACGGAUCGAUCCGAUACCAAAUUACCGAUCCUUCGCGAUUGAGUGCCGGUAGACCUCCCCGAAUCCAAGAACGCAUCCAAGUAUUAGGAGGCGGAGGCAGAUUGACUGAUCGAGCCGCCGCCGCCGCCGCCGCUGUCACUUCUUGUACAGGUUGAGCCUUGCUUGCUCACGCCCUUCUGUUGUCUAUCCGGCCGCCCAGGGUCUGUACAUCAAACAAAUUGGUGUUCUGAUCUCAUCCUUGAGGCAGAUCAUGGCUGUGAUAAAGGUGCCAGUGAGCAAGCUCUCCAAGGCAAAGAGAGACGACGACAGCAAGCAGAGCUGUGCCAGGGAAGAGGAUCGAUCCAACGAGUGGGAUAAUGCCUGUGCAAUUUGCGAUGAUGGUGGUGACUUUAUCUGCUGUGAAGGUGGAUGCCUGAGGUCUUUUCACCCAACCAAAAAAUAUGGCGAAGAUUCAAUGUGCACAACCCUUGGGCUAACUGAAGAAUGGUGGCAAACUCUUCAGUCUAAUGAACAAGAGAAAUAUAUAUGCAAGAACUGUGAGUAUAAGCAGCACCAGUGUUUUGCUUGUGGAUUGCUGGGGUCUUCAGGCUUAACAUCAGGAUCUGAGGUGAUCCAGUGUAAGGACAAAAUGUGUGGGUACUUUUACCAUCCUAAGUGUGUUGCUGAACUUGUCCACCCUGAUAGCAAAGCCCAGGCCAUAUUUUUUGAGAAACGUGUUGCUCUGGGACUGACAUUCCAUUGCCCUCUUCAUAGAUGUAGUUUGUGUAAAGAAGCAGAGAAUAGGGAUGAUAAGGACAUGCAACUUGCAGUAUGCAGACGCUGCCCAACCGCAUACCAUCGGAAGUGCUUGCCAAGCGAUAUUUCCUUUGAAAAGGAUGGCAAGGAGGGUACUCAACAAAGAGCGUGGGAUAACGUUCUUCCAGAUCAGAUUUUGAUCUACUGCAUGAAGCAUAAGAUUGACAAAGAUCUGAGAACUCCCAAGAGGGACCACAUUGUCUUUCCUGAUGACCGCCCUUUGUCCGAACCAUCUCGAUCGUCUCAGCCUCCAGAAACUGGAUGUGAUCAGGUGAAGGCCAUCGAUUCAUUUGCACCGAGGCAUUUGUUUCCGCAUCCGCAACCAGGGUCAUGCGGUUGGAUAGAUGACUGAUCGACCAUUCCCUAUCUCCUAUCUGCUGCAGAGAUAAUAAAUGCAAUAAGCUAGUAGUACCUUUUUUUCUAUAUAACUUGAUACACGGUUGAUGUUGAAAAUUACCAUCUGAAGGUGCGAGAUGGAGAUGAACGAGAGAUGAAAAAUAUAUAUCCGGAACACUAAAUAAUGAUUUACGUUGAAGGUGCAA